AUGAUCAUGGUCCAGAAAUCCGUCAACAUCAUAUCCUCGCCGACGGCCAUGCACCGGCGUCUCCCCUCGGCCCCUUCCUUCACUCUCCAGGCGACAAGGACGCCCGGUCUUCUCAGCCUUUCCAAGCCGGCACCCGCCGCGCGCCGUGCCCAGAAGCAGGCGCAACCAAAGGAGGUCAAGACAUCUCCCAAGGCGGCCAAGAAGGCGGCUGUUUCCGAGAACUCCAAGGACGUCCAUGCGUCCAAGGAUGUGUCUCCUGCGGCAAAGUCGUCCAAGGCGACGACGCCGGCAUCGGCCGAGAAGGACCGGUCCCCCCGCGGCAGGCGCGCAAAGACUGCUGCGAAGGACAAGGCCGCACCCGUUCCCGUUCCCAGGAACGCCUCGCACUCUCGCAACGGGACUCGCCGCCGUCAGGCCCACCACCAGGGCUCCCCGCCUCAGCCGUCGGUUCUCGCCAACCGCCGCUCGCCCUCGCCGGCGCUGGACACUUCAAACCAGUUCGAUCCCUUCCUGAGCAACUCCUCGUCAGAGACCGAGUCAGAGAAGGAUUCGGGCCGCAUCACGCCGCCCCCGGUCUUGAAGACCAUCCAGGCACCUUCCAGCGAGCCCAAGCUCGUCUCGCGCCCGUCAGGCAAGCUUGCGCGUCGUCGCCACCCUCUCGCGGACGCUCCCGGAACGCCGACCCCCUCUCGGGCGGUGCCGGUGCCUCGUGGCAAGGCGCAGCCACGUGAACAGGCUGUGCCCAUCAGUCGCUCGGCCCCACAACAGCCGGUUCCGGCCCGGCCGAAGCCGACUCACGCCCACACUUCGGAAGUUGCCGCUAUGUUCCCCGUCUGCGACGACAACGAAGACGAGGACUCCGUCGACGUUCCCGUGACCUGGCAGCAGGCCGUGCUCAACGACGACGGUCCUCGUACUGCGCCGCUCUCGUCCAAGUUCGUGGACGUGCCGUUCUUUGCCCGCGUCUCGACUCCGACGCCGGCCCGUCGUCGUGCCGAGCACGUCCGCUCUCCCUCCGAGGGCGUCUUCAACUUGAGCUUCGACGACGACAGCUCGACGACUUCUUCCACGGGCCCAGAGGAGCUCAAGGCCCUUGCUGGUCUCCUCCCGCGUCGUCGUAUCGUUUCGGCUUCGUCAUCGCCGGCCUCUCGUAAGAUCGCUGCUCCUGUUCCCACCGAUGCUGGCAUGUAUCCCGCGCCCUUCUUCGCCUCGUCGAACUUCCAAAAUUCGCCGAGCCCCGACGAGCUGCCGCCGCCGUCGUUCUAA